AUGAAUUCUCACCAAACAGCCCGCCGCUUCAUAAAAGCUGGCCGUGCCCUUCAACGUUUCUCUCGCCUCGCCAACAACCCCAUGGCUUACAGACUCUUCCUUACCACUCUGCAAAGAAAUAUUGUGAGUCAAACUCAUUCGCCACCAGCUCAUCCUCGGAUACGUUUCCUCCACGCUUUACGCACCAUCCACGGCAUCUCCAUGGCGGACAUCCUCGACGCGGUCCGUGACAGACCCGAAAACGCCGGUCGCCAGACCAGGCGCGGCCGCACCCGCACCAAGGCUUCCCAGCCUCUCUCGCCAACCAAGGCUACUCGGGGCCGGGGCCGGGGCCGGGGUCCCGCUGCCCGCCGCAUCUGUGACUUUUGCAGGAAUGAUGCCGCUGGACAGGUCAUGCACGCCGCGCAGGCGUGCGACUGGCGCGACGGCAAGUACCCGCUCGAGUGCACCAACUGCGCCGACCACCGGGCCCUUCAUCCCGUCGAGGCCGCCGAGCACGUCUGCCAGGUGCCGCGCAAGGCGCUUCUGUACCGCAAGUACUCGGUGCACCAUCCGACGCGGUACGACCAGGCCGUCAGCCCGCAGACUGGGCUGCCGACGGACGAGGGCGUCUGCUGCGUUAGGUGCAUCGCCGACGGCAACACAGUGGCAUGCGACGUCGACCCGAUCCUGGGAUACCAGUGCUCGCGGUGCAAGCCUGCAGACAUGUGUCAAUUGCGCGACGGCCGCUUCAUGGACAACAAGCCCAAUCUGCGCCAGGGCGUCGUCAAGUGGUUCCGGCACGCAUGCGACGGGUGCGCGCAGCUGGCGGCUGGGCGCCGCAGAGGCCGAACAAUCCAGUGCUCGUGGCUCCAAGACCACACGACAUGGGACCAGCCUUGCCGUCGCUGUCGCAGCAACAACCUUGUGUGUCUGGCAUCAGCCAUUGUUACGUCGAUGCCAGCAGCCAUCAGCAUUCCAGAAAACUGGCGCCCGCGCAGCUUUAUUGCUCUCGGGUGGGCUGAGCUGCGGCCCAACACGGUGUGGCGCAAGGCAUGCAUGAAUUGCCGCCGUGAUAGCAACCAUUGCCGCGCCUCCAUUGCCAAUCCCUACUCGGCCUGUGGGCGCUGCACGGCCAUGGGCCUCGAUUGCGUUGACAACGAAGGCACCGCCUACCCAAUCUUUGAUCUGUCGCAGGUUGGCUUUGGAAGCUUCCUACCGUUUACCGCUUGUAGGCGGUGUGUGGAGAUGGGCCGAAACUGCGAUAGGCAGCGGCCUUGCGACUCGUGCACAAACGCGCGAGAGGCGCAUCUCUGCGACAAUGCUUUCCUGCGGACAGAUUCUGGCAAGAAGCGCAUGGCGAAUUGCAUCCAUGGGCGUCUGCACCCUCGGCCUGGCCCCUUGUACUAUCUUGCCCACGGCUACGGUGCCAAUGGUGUCGACGAUGUAAAGGAUGGCUCGCAAAUGGAGCACUGGAUCGGCCCGCUGACCGAAACAUAUGUCAUGCCGUCCGUCUCUUUCCACGAAGGCUCACUCAUCCGAGAAGUUUCAAGACAGCGCGAGUCGCUCGUUCCGCGUGCUGCUACGCCGCCGCACGCCGCACCAGGCACACCUUUGGCUAGGAAACCAGCUAGCGAGUUGUCGGCUAACGAUAUCGCAGCCAUGAUUCAUGAGGUCUGGACCGACGCUUUCCUGAUGAAUGAUUUGGAAGACUUUGUCGAGGAGCAAGAGAACGCCGCGAUGAAGAAAGUCAUGUUCCAGUUUAGCACGCCGGCUGAAGCUGACAAGCCUCCCACGGCGGCCGAUAUUGCUGCGGCGAUAAAUCCGAGACCCGAUGUGCGCCCUACACAUAUUGUCAGAGUUAUUCAGCCAUUACCAGUAGUGAGAGCGACGUCUUCAUCAGAAGAUGAAGGCGCAGACUCGUAUGAGGAAGACGCUGAAAGCGAGCAAAGUGAAGACUCCGGUAGCCAAAACAGCCAAAACGUCAACAACAAUGUCCAACUAAUCAUGCAGAGUGCAGCGACACUCGCUCCGCCCAGCCACUCAGUGUCGCCUGCACAACGCAUUGAGGACGAUAAUCCCAUGGACGUCGACACACCAAAAGACGUAAACCGGCCUGUCGACCCCGCGCUGCAGUCCCUGAGCCCUCCCGUCCUGCCCUACGUACCAUUCAGCCGCCCGCCAUCCAUUUCACCCGAGACUGACACGAUGCCAGGACACGCCAUGACGCUGCCGGCAAGCCCUGCACCUGCCGCCGUGCUGGACAUUCUAGAUUUGGAAAGCGCUGAUCUGCUGGAGCCAAGUUUCACGAGCUUUCUCGAUGCCGCGGCAACGACCGAAGAUUGGCUACCGGCGAGCAACACUGCUCAUGUUGCUCAGCAGACACACGAGGCCAGCCCAUUGCAGACAGUACCGCCACAAAAUGAGGGACGGAGCGAGCAGGUAUUAGCCAUCACCAAGGGCUACAGUCCGAGCCAACAAGAUCCGGCGCGAUGGAGCCAUUUGAGCCCGCUGCACGAGUCUACACGCACAUUGCUCGGUACACGGCACAACACUGGGGGCAGGCUGGCGCGAAAUCCAUUCACGCUGGCCAUAUCGUAUCUGCAGAGGACGUGUCCAGUCAGAGACGUGCUGCAUAGUCUUCCUGAGCCCGAAUUUGGAAGCCAAAGCGAAGCUUCUGAUGCGCAACCCCAAAGGCAGAUGGAUUCAUUAGGCGCUCCGCGUUGUGACGAAAGCAGGCUCGGCGAGGGAGACAAGGAGGCAUAUAUUACCUGUGGCGCCGCUGUACAGCUUUCCGACAGGUGCGUCGACACGCAUCAUGACCCUAAUCAUCCGAGCCUGGUGUGCGGCGCCUGUGCUCGGCACAGCGCUGAGAUGCUCGUGGACCCCCGACAUGAUCCCCUCACGACCACUGAAGUGCUGAGUAUGCGCAGCUACCUGUGUGAGCGGUGUACAGCUUACGCAGGGAGCAGCCAGGAGGCGAUGCUAACCAUGUGCGAGGCCGGAAUCAACACGGUAUUUGGCCGGUUCCCCAAGUCGCAGGAUGAAAAUGCAGUAGACGACGACGGGGACGUGGUCAUGACGGCACCGGAUGGCGGCAACGUCGUCUUCUUCGGCAAGGUUCGGCCCUUGACGGGAUGUGCGUGCGGCGUCAAAAUAUUCCAGACGCGGCAAUGCCAAUUCCAUCGCAUCGACAAUGCCGAGGCUGUGCUGCGUCAGAUUGCGGCCGUGCGAGAGUGGCGGGUGCAGACGCUGCAACAAGGGAAAUGCGCGGGUUGCUUUGAGCCUCGCUUCAAGACCGACGAUGCUUUACAGGAGGAUCAACAGCAAGGACAGAACGAAGCUGCUGCCGCUGUGCUGAGCUCUUGGGUGUGCCUCGCCUGCGGAGGGUGGGUGAUGAAUCAGGAGACGACCGGGCUUGUCGAUGGAUGGCAAUCAUGGUUUGACCGACAACCUGCAUCGUUUGCCAACAUACUGGAAGAAGCUAACGGGAUGGAUUUCGAAAUGACUGACGUAUAG